GUCUCAAACCCGAACAAAACCUGUAGCAGAGUUUGCUCAAGUGUAAGGGUGCUUUAGUUAAACAGGGGCUCCAUUGGUGAGAUUGAGCGAGAGAGAGAGGCAUAUUGGUGAGAGACCCUAAACUGGUUUGGGAAAAUGUGUAAAAAAAUUAUAGCAUAAUUGUUUGGGUUUUUGGAUGUGUCCUGCCCUGCCGCCUACAGCCUCCCCAUCUUUCCAAAAUAGCGCUAGAGAACUUUUAAACUACACAACAAUCCAAACGCACAGGUCGGGCCCCAGGGUACGUGCCCUGCGUGCCCGUUUGGUAAGCCGGCCCUGGUAGGCCGGCGAUCAUAGCAGAAUGGGAGUGGGCAGAAAAAAUACUGACUCUGUUAUCAAGAAGUCACACCGUCAAAAUCUUGGCGAAUUAUUGGAGACGAACACUGAACACCAAAGGAAGACAUUUGGACACGUAGAGCAAAAUCUGUCAAAUUGAGUGUAACUUGGCAGUAUGUCUUUACGGAUAGUUCUUUGUAGAUUUGAUCAACUAUUUCAAGUCAAAACAUAUUGAAAUCAAUAGAAAAUAAACACCGGUUGCGAAAAGGAAUUCGAUUUUUCUGGAUUAAAUAUCAAUACAGGUUUGUAGUCUAAAUUACCUGGAUUCUUCUGUCUGCUUUUGACGAGAAAGAGGAGCGGGGCGUAUUCACAUCAUCAUCCCUGUCGGCAGCAGUGCCAUGGCGGCCCCCAUCACCAACGUUCCUAAAGGCUGUGGCCCCUCCGUGGGCUCCCUGUACUUCAACCUGUGUGACUUGACUGCAGUGUGGGGCAUUGUGGUGGAGUCACUGGCGGCUUUAGGCGUGGUGACGGCCUUCGUCCUCAUCAUCAUCCUCAUGGCCAGCCUUCCCUUCGUGACAGACAGGAAGAGGAAAAGUAUGGUGGCCCUGCAGGCCAGCUUUCUGGUCUUCACCCUUGGCCUCUUUGGCCUCUCUUUUGCCUUCAUCAUGGGCCGGGACUUCACAAGCUGCACCGCGCGUCGCUUCCUGUUUGGUGUACUGUUUGCGGGUGGUCUUGCCUGCCUCCUGAUGCAUGGGCUGUGGCUGGUGCUCCUGAACCGGCAGGGCCAGGGCCCCCGGGGCUGGAUGCUGUGUCUGGGUGCCCUGGCCUUCUGGCUGGUUGAGAUCAUCAUCAAUACAGAGUGGCUGAUCAUCACAGUGGAGAGGAGGCCAAUGACAGCCAGUGGCAUCCCUGACAUCUCCUGCAGUAUCACCAACCAGGACUUUGUGAUGGCUUUGAUCUAUGUCAUGGCCUUGCUGCUGGGCGUGGUGCUGAUGGCCGUGCCCUCGCUCACACACAAACACAAGGCCUGGCGGCGGGACGGAGCCUUCAUCCUGGCCACCGGGGUCUGCUCCAUGGCCGUGUGGGUGGCCUGGAUCGUCAUGUACAUCCAUGGGAACGAGGUGGCCGGGGACCCCAGCUGGGACGACCCCACCCUGGCCAUUGCCCUGGUCAGCAAUGCCUGGGUGUUCUUGGUCCUAUACACCAUCCCAGAAAUCUGCUCCCUCACCAAGGAGCAGGAGGAGGGGGAUGAGCAGCCCAGUGAUGGGGAACACAUUAUCUACCCAGUCAGGAGCUUGGUCUAUGAUAACAUUCUGAAGGAGCAGAACACUGCAGCAGCAGCCCAUCAGAACAUGUACAUGGAGAACAAGGCCUUCUCCAUGGACGAACCCAACACAGCAACCAACAAGCCUGUAUCUCCAUACGGUGGUUAUAGCGGUCAGCUCCGCAGCUGUGUGUACCAGCCCACAGAACUAGCUCUAAUCACCAAGAGCCUGGCAAAUAGGGACCAGUCCCAUGAGACGGGCCUCCCCAGGGCCACGGCCCCCCCUCUAAACCAGAGCAGCAGCUCCCUGCCUCACUCUCUAGUGCCCCUACCCACCACAGGACUGUCCCCAGCAGUCAGUGGAAAUGGUGUGUAUAAGAAGCCUCUGUGGUGAAUCUAUGCUACUACAACCUGGUUCCUGUUCUUCACCCUCCCCCUAUUCUACUCUGUGCCCUAGUUUCCCCUGCAGCCCCAAAACCUUUGACCACUGUAGAGGCCAGGCUGUUCUGUACAUACAGUAGGGCUGGAGGGAGCCAGUGUCAGAGGAGAGGCCACAGUCUUGGUGCUGUGCACCCAGAACAAGUGUGUCUCUCAUCUCCCUGUGUCCCAGUGGCAGUACUAGCCACCCUCCACCUACCCAUCUCCCAAGCCAGCACUCCCCACCCCCGGGCCACAACCCCAUGCACUGAUGGGAGAUCCAACCAACACAGCAACACACAGCAGUGUGGCCAGAGUGAAUGGACAAUGAGGCAGUUUCAAAAGGAAUUUGUUGCACAGCCAUAAAAACCUUUCAGUCUAAGCCCUGUAAAAAAUCUAAAGGAAGUUUGUUCUGAAGUGUCUGUCCUAUAUAUAAGAAAUACUUAAAAAUUUUUUUUACAUGUAUUUAACCACUUAUUUUUUGGAACUAAACAGUUUCCAUAUAUACUUCCAUUCAUUUGGUACUGGGGGACCUUCAGACGAGUCCUGUGAAAGCCUCUGGGCAUCCUAGAGCAAAUGUACAGUGGCUUGCGAAGUAUUCACGAUUUUUCCUAUUUUUCCUAUUUUAUUGCCUUACAACCUGGAAUUAAAAUAGAUUUUUCGGGGGUUUGUUUCAUCUGAUUUACAACAACAUUUGAAGAUGUAAAUUCAUUUCUAUUGUGAAACAAACAAGAAAUAAGACAAAAAAAACGGAACUUGAGCGUGCAUAACUAUUCACUAUUCAAAAGUCAAUACUUUGUAGAGCCACCUUUUGCAACAAUUACAGCUGCAAGUCUCUUGGGGUAUGUCUUUAUAAGCUUGGCACAUCUAGGCACUGGGAUUUUUGCCAAUUCUUCAAUGCAAAACUGCUCCAGAUCUUUCAAGUUGGAUGGGUUCCGCUGGUGUACAGCAAUGUUUAAGUUAUACCACAGAUUCUCAAUUGGAUGGAGGUCUGGGCUUUGACUUGGCCAUUCCAAGACAUUUAAAUGUUUCUCCUUAAAACACUUGAGUGUUGCUUUAGCAGUAUGCUUAGGGUCAUUGUCCUGCUGGAAGGUGAACCACUGUCCCAGUCUCAAAUCUCUGGAAGACUGAAACAGGUUUCCCUCAAGAAUUUCCCUGUAUUUAGCGCCAACCAUCAUUCCUUCAAUUCUGACCAGUUUCCCAGUCCCUGCUGAUGGAAAAACAUCCGAUGAUGCUGCCACCACCAUGCUUCACUGUGGGGAUGGUCUUCUUGGGGUGACGAGAGGCGUUGGGUUUGUGCCAGACAUAGCGUUUAACUUAUUCCAUAUGUUUGGGGAGUCUCCCACAUGCCUUUUGGCGAACACCAAACGUGUUUGCUUAUUUUUCUUCUUUAAUCAAUGGCUUUUUUUCUGGCCACUCUUCUAUAAAGCCCAGCUCCGUGGAGCGUACGGCUUAAAGUGAUCCUAUGGACAGAUACCCCAAUCUCCACUGUGGCGCUUUGCAUCUCUGUCAGGGUUAUCUUUGGUCUCUUUGUUGCCUCUCUGAUUAAUGCCCUCCUUGCCUGGUCUGUGAGUUUUGGUGGGCGGCCCUCUCUUGGCAGGUUUGCUGUUGUGCCAUAUUCUUUCCAUUUUUUAACAAUGGAUUUAAUGGUGCUCAGUGGGAUGUUCAAAGUUUCUGAUAUUUUUUUUAUAAUCCAACCCUGAUCUGUACUUCUCCACAACUUUGCCUGACCUGUUUGGAGAGCUCCUUGGUCUUGGUGGUGUCCCUUGUUUAGUGAUGUUGCAGACUCUGGGGCCUUUCAGAACAGGUGUAUAUACUCUGAGAUCAUGUGACAGAUCAUGUGACACUUAAAUAAAGUCCACCUGUGUGCAAUCUAACUAUCUAAUCUAAUUAUAUUACUUCUGGAGGUAAUUGGUUGCACCAGAUCUUAUUUAGGGGCUUCAUAGCAAAGGGGGUGAAUACAUAUGCAUGCACUACUUUUCCAUUUAGAAUUUUUUAAAACAAGUUAUUUUUUACAUUUCACUUCACCAAUUGGACUAUUUUGUGUAUGUACAUUACAUGAAAUCCAAAUAAAUUACAGGUUGUAAUGCAACAAAAUAGGAAAAAUGCCAAGGAGGAUGAAUACUUUUGCAAGGCACUGUGCGACUGACAUGUACGUGUUCGUGAGAGACUCACCUUUCCACAGAGGGGUUAUUAGUGUGUAGCUCAGACCUUUUGGACACUACAGACAGAAAUUGUCAGAUCGGCUGUAACUACUUCAGAUAAGUCCCAUGACGCUUGUGGGGGUCGUAGAGCAAAACGGAGACCACCAUCGUGUUCAUGAGAGUCUCAACCUUUAUAAUAGUUUGUAGGACAAACACCACUCUGUCACCUUUCACCGCAAGUGUGACAUCGGCUGAUGUGGGGGAUUGAGACUCAUCCAAUGCAAGAUAUCUCUAGCUUAAACGGACAGAUUUUUAUUGGGAUUUUUUUAUUCUAAUUUGAUUUCCUUUGGGGUGCAAACAUUACAUCUAGGGGGUUAAAUUAAUGUGACUAUGAGAAUCGCAUUAUAAUGAAGAGAAAGGGAAGGCGAGACAUGGACAGAGAGACAGGAGAGAGGAUAGAUUCUUUCACGUUGUCUGUUCUUAUCUUACACUUACCUGUUUUAUUAGCAUCCACCUUCACCCCUGACCCCUAAGCCUAGUGUGUUUCGUUUCUGUUCUCUCUGGGAUCACUGCUGUCCUGUUAUAGUCGACAGACUUUCACAGGAGGGCAAUGUGUCUCCUUUUAGUUCUGUUAUAUUGGACAGGGAAUGAAGGUAAGGGAUUCAAACAAGUUUAUCAACAAACCAGGGCUUUUAAGCUGCAUUUCCGCCAUGUUUUGGGGGGACCAAUCAAAUCAGAUCUUUUCACAGCAGCACGGUUUGUAAUUGGGGGGGAUAUCUAAACACAGUGAUAUUGUUUAAGAAACUGGUCUUACACUGUAUUUAUAUUUGUUUAAAACACCAAGGCACUGAUGUAUACACUAAAUAUAGGUCUUUACAUAUUUUGGAAAUUAUUAUCAUUUAUUGUAUUUUCACCUUGAGAACUUUAAAUGUGUAUACAGGACGGUAUAUAUUCUCCCUCUAGUUUGAUUUGUUACAUGUAUCUACUGUAAAUUGUUAUUUUAUUGGUUAUGAAUUCCUCCCUCAAUGGGGACUUGUUUGGGUGCUUCUGUGUUUACACUUUACUGUUCAGAAGUGUAAUAACUAAAUCUGUUAAAAUUAAACAUCAGCCAUAAUAGAAAAUAUUUAUAACUUGUCAUUUUCUGUCAAUAGAAACAUUCAACAUUAAAUAAAUAAUUAAAUCACA